UGAGUCAUGCUUAUAAUGGUGAGGCGCGCUGCGUCAGGUCUCGGAUCGCCAGCUCUCUGCUCCGUGCGCAUCAGCAAACUCUCCGCCAUGGCUCAGUCCUCCCCCGAACAACAAGUGUUCAACAAGCCGAAGGUUGAGCUGCACGUCCACCUUGAUGGAGCCAUCAGGGUGCAGACUAUUCUGGACGUUGCCAGGAGACGUGGCAUCUCUCUUCCUGCAACCACGGCCCAGCAGAUGAAGGAGAGGAUCAUUCUCCAGGAGCCCGAAACCCUCACGGGCUUCUUGGAAAAAUUCGACGAGUACAUGCACGUGGUUGCAGGAGACAGAGAGGCCAUACAGCGGAUCGCCUAUGAGUUUGUUGAGGACAAGGCCAAGGAGGGUGUGGUUUAUGUGGAGGCCAGGUACAGCCCACACCUGCUGUCCAACUGCAAGGUGGAGCCCAUCCCAUGGAACCAGAAGGAAGGUAACUUGUGCCCAGACGAGGUGGUGCGCCUGGUCAACAAGGGCCUCAGCGAGGGGGAGAGGGCCUUCCAAAUCAAAGCCAGGUCCAUUCUAUGCUGCAUGCGCCACAUGCCAAGCUGGUCCCAGGAGGUGGUGGAGCUGUGUAAGAAAUAUCAGAAUGAGGGAGUGGUCGGCAUCGACCUGGCCGGCGAUGAGUCUCUGAAUUGUGAAGCGAAUCCAGACCACAGGAAGGCCUACGAGGAGGCGGUUCGUUGUGGGAUCCACAGGACGGUCCACGCAGGAGAGGUGGGUCCAGCCUCUGUGGUGAGGGAGGCUGUGGAAGUGCUCAAAGCCGAGCGUGUUGGACACGGCUACGGAACAUUGGGAGACCCGGAUCUGUACAGAGAGCUGCUGGCUCAAGAUAUGCACUUUGAGGUGUGUCCUUUUUCCAGCAAGCUGACCGGCGCCUGCAACCCAGACUUCACCAAACAUCCUGUCAUCACGUUCAUGAGGGACAAGGCCAACUACUCUCUGAACACAGACGACCCUCUGAUCUUUAACUCCACCCUCAACUUGGACUACUUCUUAGCCCACAAACACAUGGGCUUCACUGAGGAAGAAUUCAAGCGACUGAACAUCAAGUCUGCAAAGUCCUGUUUCCUGCCAGAGAAAGAGAAGAAUGAGCUCCUGUCCAGACUGUACGAGGCGUAUGGGAUGAUAGAAAGCACCCCCUUCUAAACUUGAGUGGCAUGUCAGAAGAUUUGAUCUUUUCCUCCACUCUCCUGAUAAAGUGGAACAUCUUAAGUAACCAGACCUAAAGCCUUUAGAAGAUCCAAUGUGGCUGCUGCCUUGACUUCAUGAACCUGCACGAUGCCGGCUGGUCCCCGCUCAGGUCUUUUAGCUUUUGUUUUUUUUAAAAGUGCUUUCUCUCAAGUCAGGUCCUUCUGUCCUGCAGUUUAAGCGUUCAUGUUUACAGUUUUUCUUAAAAAUCCAGUGAAUCAGGGAAGCUUUUUAUCAGUCAGCACUUAUCAAGUUUGAGCACUUUGUCGACCUGAGCGUUGGGUGAGACGGCAGGCCUUCAGCAGGAUAAAACUCAUGCAGUGAAGUGGGGGGGCUGAAAGCCCUGCACACCCGACUCCAACUAAGCAGCAACAUAAACAGCUGUUGUUUUUUACAAUACUUCAGUUCUAAACAGCUUAAUGCCAAAAGUGUAACCAUAUCUUUGAACACAAGAUGGCAGCAUGCUCUCAUCUGUUCGCACAGCGGAUUUGAUAAUUACUCUGUUUUCAUGUACAUAUUUAUUCAAAACUUUACAGUUCAUAAAAUGAAAAGCACUUUUAUUAAUACAUUUAUAGCACUUUUGAAGGGCAUAUCCUACCGAAAUAAAAGCUGUUCAAAGUU